AUGACGCACUCCAUCAACCUUGAGAUCAACCUGAGGCCACAGACGUCCCAAGUGCUGGCCAGAGACGCAGACAGGUGCAUGUUUGUCAGCAUGCAGAUAAUUACAACAUGCAACAUGCUAGUCGACAAAAAGCUUGCAUUCAGUACAUUUGAAAUACAUUCAACGAAGAAUAACCAUGGUUUGUCCUCGUUGGACCACUCCAGCAUCCGCCGUGGCUUCCAGGUGUACAAGCAGGUGUGCUUGUUGUGCCACAGCAUGGACUACGUGGGCUAUUGCCACCUCGUUGGCGUGUGCUACACCAAGGAGGAGGCCAAGGCGAUGGCCCAGAAGGUGGAGGUCCAGGAUGGCCCCGAUGAUGAUGGGGAGAUGUUCAUAUGGCCAGGAAAGCUGUCUGACUACUUCCCCAAGUCCUACCCCUACCCCGAGGCCGAGCGUGCCAACAACGGGGUGCUGCCCCCUGACCUCAGCUACAUUGUAAGAGCCAGGCACGGCUGCGAGGACUACGUCUUCUCCCUGCUCACUGGCUCCUGUGACCCACCCCCUGGCGUGUCUCUGGGUGAGGGGCUGCAUUUCAACCCCUACUUUCCCGGUCAGGCCAUUGGCAUGGCUCCUCCCAUAUACAAUAAGGUCUUGGAGUUCAAUGAUGGCACCCCAGCCACCAUGUCCCAGGUGGCCAAGGAUGUUUGCACCUUCCUGCGCUGGGCAUCUGAGCCCGAGCAUGACCAUCGCAAGCGGAUGGGGCUUAAGAAUGUUGAUGAUUAUGGGCUUGCUGUUGUCCCUGGUCUACCUUACGAAGGGGCACAAGUGGUCAGUCCUGAGGAGCCGGAAGCUGGCUUAUUGGCCACCCGAGUGAUCCUGCUAAAAGCCUGCUUGCCAUCCCGCCUGAACAGGAGCAAUCCUGGGCCUGGUUGGACCUCAGCUGGCCACCUUGGCCAAGACCCUCUUUUUGGGGGUCUUGGCCACAAUAUAUAA